UAAAACUAACUAAAAGCAAAGAGAUUUCUUUCCCACUGCUGUCCAUGCCUCAGACGAACCACGGACCUGAGAAGGAAUGUGAAGGAGUGAACAGCUUCUCCAAAACAAAUCACGUGUUUCUUCUUCUCCCUGCUUUGCUCUCAAAACGAGUCUCAAAGGUACAGAACUCAAUAUACAGCACCAACAGAGCAGACUACGGGGAUACAAGCAUCAUAACGUCACCCUAGGACAAUACUUCAAUAGGGGAAAGGAUGUGGCCUGUGAUUCAGUGUGUGUGUCGGGAUUCCUGAAGUUGAGGAGUACAGUGCUGUGGAUACAAAUCCUUUAUCUGUGUAUAUUAUGCAGCCCAUCUGGAAUAAAAUUAUUAAGAUAGUGCCUUUGUGGAUUGCUCCCAACCUGUUAACAUUCUCUGGAUUUGUCAUGAUUUUAUUUAAUUAUUUUCUAAUAUCUUUUUAUGACUGGGACUACACUGCCUCAGGUACCAGUCCUGGACUUGUUCCCACCUGGGUGUGGCUGUUCAGUGCUUUUACCACCUUUUGUGCUUACGCUUUAGAUUCCAUAGAUGGGAAACAUGCUCGAAGGACUCAGUCCAGUACUCCUCUGGGAGAACUCUUUGACCAUGGGCUGGAUAGCUGGGCUACCUCCAUUUUUGUGCUUUCUUUUUUUUCUGUCUGCUCCCGUGACAAUGGGAAGACCGGAGUGUCUGUAUAUACCAUGUAUAUAUAUUUAAGCAUUGUCUUGUUUAACUUCAUGUGUUCACACUGGGAGAAAUAUAACACAGGAGUUCUUUUUCUUCCUUGGGGAUAUGAUAUAAGCCAAGUGGUGUUAAUAGCAGCAUAUCUGCUCACUGGUACCGUUGGUGUGGAGGUCUGGCAGAAGCCUUUGCUGUUUGGUUAUUAUAUUACAGAUGUAUUGGUUAUCUUACUUAUAGGCUUCAGUUUGUUUCUAUCAUUUCCACAAACACUAUACAACAUUCACAGAGCACAUUUAAAGAAAACACUGAAGAAUGAUUCUCUGUAUGAAGGACUGCUACCUCUUGUGUCACCUCUGUUGCUGUUCAUUCUUCUUACAGUCUGGGUGGUUUUAUCUCCAAGCAACAUACUAGCAAAGCAACCCAGACUGUUUUUAUGGAUGGUUGGGGUUGCUUUCUCAAAUGUUAUUUGCAAGGUGAUCAUCUGCCAGAUGAGCAGCACGCGGCCGGAGCUCUUCCACUGGUUCCUGUUCCCGCUGGCGCUGGUGGUGUACGCGGCCAUCUCCGGCCUGCUGGGCUGCAUGGAAGAGGCGGCUCUUGGCGUGUUCACUGCCCUGCUCACGGCUGCCCAUGUGCACUACGGGGUCUGCGUGGGUAGGCAGCUGAGUGAGCACUUGAACAUUUACAUCUUUUCCCUGAAGAAACGCGUCCAAGAGUGAACACCUGCGCUACGAUCAGACUGGAACACUUGACAUGGAGCUCUUCUGAUGUGAUAAACAGUUGGAAUGAAUCUGACUAAAAUAACCAAAGAGUAGAACAGUACAGAUAUCUGAACCACUGCGACAAUUGAGCUAUGCAGCGAGAUGCUUCAUCUCAGAGGAAGAUGCUUGUCCAGCAGAGAACUUUACCAAGUUGUUCUGUCGAUAUUCUUUUACCAAGCCAUGUUACUCGCCUCUCUUUUGUCUUCCUCCUCCUUACCACUGUGUCCAAAGUCCUGGAUAAAUCCAUGCUGGGUUACACAAAAUCUUUGCUGGUUUAUAACCAGCACUGGGUUUGCCCAGCCUAGUCACCAGUGGGACCCCAGCAAUGCAAACCCUCCCUGUACAUCCUUCCCACUCAGACAUCUGUGCCUGCUUCAUUUGCCAUAUUUAUUUUCCCACAACUCAUUUCUUCCACACAACCUCCUGAAAGGCUUAUGCACAUUCAGUCUUUUUCUCACCUCAUACGAAUGUGUGAAGACAAGAGAAUGAGCUCAGAAAGCUAUGGGUAGUGUAAAGUAUUUUUGAAAUGUACAGCCUUUGCCCCAUUCUCAACAUUAAGAGGAGUCUCAGCUGACCUGUCAGAAAUGCAGGCUUAAUACAGCAGCAGCUGGCCCUUCUAUUUAUUAAGCAUGUUGUUUACAUUUCAGUAGCAACAAACAAUAUAGCCUACAAAGGUAAACAGCUGAAAAUAAAUUUGGCCAGCAAACCUUCAAA